AAUGUGACAAAUGUUCAAACUAGUUUAUAUGCAGUUUAUUGAAAUCUGUAUAUAAAUAUACUGAGGAAAUAUGAAAUGCACGAAGUUUUCAGUGUGGCCCAUGCCAACCCUCCUAUUGUGCGUAAAUAAAAGAUGUCACUACGGUCGGUAAAGGUUGGACGAUGUGUUGCUAUUAAUUGUGACGCCAUUUUACUAACCUUUAAGGCGGGGAAGCGAAGAUUUUAGUAAUCUGUAAGUGAAAUACUAUAAAUCGCUGUGUUACAACAAAUACUGAACGCCAUUCGAGAAGUGCAGCUAGUUAUCUAACCUUUUCGGUAAGGCUUGGAACGUCUUGAAAUUGUAUCAUUUCAACCACUUGCCUACAAGAACUUUGUUCAGUGGCAACUGGAACCAUAAGAUUGCAUUGGAAACAUUAUACGGCAGGCUUUUGUGGUGGAUUGGCAGCAGCAAUGGAGGAUGAUGAAGGUGACACAUCAAUGGCAGUGGAGGAAUCUAUAUUCAAUGAAAUGACAGCAAACCAUGAAGACAGUGCUACAUUUUUACAUAGUGAUACUGAUAACAGUAACUCCAGUAGUCCAUUCGUAGAGGAAAAUUACAGAUUAAAGCUUGAUUGUGAGGAAAAUAUGAAGUCAUCUAGCUGUUUAGAGACUACUCUAGUAACAAGUGACAGGGAUGGUCAGAACAGUAGCACAUUAGUAAGUGAUAGUGAUGUUCCUAAAAGCCCAAAGAAAGUAAAUGGUGAGAUGGAUUUAUCAGAAUGUGACAGAGUGGAACAGAGUUCUGAUGUAGGUAACAGUGGUGAUAAUACUGUAGUGAAGGACAGCAGAUCAGCUGAAGAUGAUGAUAUAUACUCAGAAUCUGAUAAUCUGAGAAUCCACCAGAAACAUAAAAAGCAAGUGAUCUCAUUGCCUGAAGAAACAAAAGACACAACGAAGGAUGAUAACCAAAAUUCUGAGGGUAACAUUGAAUAUAAAGGGUUUAAAAAGAGGAUUCUAGCUCAAACAUCUGUAGAAAUCAAUAACAUGGCCACAUCAAGUGAUUCACCAAUGAAUUCUACAAAAUCAGUUUUUAAGUGCAAGAAAUCAUCUGUCACAAAGCCUGUGUCAGAAUCUCAGCAUGUAUUGGUUUCUCAUCAGACAUUACCAGAUGGGACACAAUCCAGUGCACAGCUCACAGAAUAUGCCCAGUAUUUGGGCUUGCAGCCAACAGUGAAAUUCAAAUGUUACAAAUGUGGUGAGAGUGGUUUUCCCUCCAUGUUAAAGUUACAAGAACAUCAGAACACCUGCCUGAAGAACUGUAAUAAGAUCCAGACUCUUAUAAAAUCUGCCCCACCACCCACAACAUCAGAAUCUACUCCAUCUACAAAUUUCAGAAUAACCCGCAAAGUGUACCUCUGUUCAGCUUGUGGGACUUACUAUGAAAAUUGGAAUCUGUUUCUUCACAUGAGGGAAGUUCAUAAGAGGCAUACAUGCUUAUUCUGCUUGGGGAUGUUCUCCCAGGCUGAUAAGCUUGCUACACAUUUAUCUGGAAAACAUGGCGUAAUUGAAGGACUCUAUGCUUCAUCAGAGCACUUCAUAAGUGAGUUUAAAGGCUCCUGUUUUCUUAUGUGUUGCACCUGUGAACGAAUAUUUACAGAGCAAGAAAACUUCUUUGAUCACUCUUGUAGUGAAGGAUUGGUGAUUAACACUGACAAGGCAUGUUUCUUAUGCGGGUUGCGAGGUGCACAUUUUCCAACAUGUCGUCGAGCCUUUACAAACAGUAGCUCAUCUCCACCGCCCCCACCACCACCAUCAUCCAGUUCUUCAGUUCCUUCUACACUUGAAAGACCUCCAGAAUCAACACAGAAUUCCCAACCUACAAUUCAAGAAAAUUCUCGUUCAGUCACAAAAUAUUUAAUUCCAUUGGGAAAAGUUCCGGGGAAGAAAAGUAACCAGAAACCAAACACGAUGCUUGAUAAUACAGGAGAAAGUCAGGAAAAAUCUAGAGAUCUCUCAGAUAUUGAUGAUGACUAUGAUAUCAGUAAUGCAGCUGCUUUCUGUCAUGUAAACAUUCACGAGCCCUCAGAAAAGCAGAAACCAGUAGCUGCAUCAAAAGUCAAAACCUGUAAAAGUAAAAGUCAGGAAGUGGUUACAAAGAAAAUAUCUGACCAGGAGCCUACAAGUUUAUCACCUACUACAAACAUAAACCAGAACUGUACAGAAACUAGUGACGAUAAGAGAUACGAAGAUGUUCAAGAUAACAGUAUAAAUAUCAAAGAAAAGGAAAUUCAAGAAAGUGAUGAGUGCUAUGAUAACCAAAGUAGCAAAAUUUCUUCUGAAUCUGAAGAAAGCGUGCACAAAGGAGAGAUAGAAGCAGAUAAGUCAGCUUUUGAGAGCAUGACAGAUUUUCAAAACAGUCAUAAGCUUGAAAGUCCUGCCAUGGAAAAAUUGCAGCCAAGUGUAGAAAGUGAUACAAAGUCACAGCUACAACUGCAGAGGGAAACAAAUUCAAAAUUUUCACCAAAAUAUGAUGUCAACCCAAAAAAAUUAUCACAAACAGAAACAAAAAUUAGUCUGACACCUUGUGCCACAGAAGUUGAUUCAGAGUCUGAAUCAUCUGAGUCAGACGAUGAUACUGAGGACAGUUCUACUAGUUCAGAAGCAUCGUCUGAGGAAAGUGAUCAUUAUGAGGGGACAAAGGAUAAGGAGAAAAGUGAGUCAGAUGCUGAUAAUGCAGAUAGUGAUAAAAUGUCUCUUGUUGUUGAUGAAAACAGGAGUGAAGAAGAAGAAAAAACAGAAUUACAGAAAGAAGUUAUUAAUGAUGUGGAGAAACAUGCUAUAGAAGAUAAAAUGAGUGAAGUAGAAGAUAGUAAGCAAGAUGAGCCAAAGAGUGACACUGAAGAGGUACAAAAUACAGCAGAGGAAACUCAAGAAUGUGUAGUUUUGGAACAUGAAAAAACUGAUGAACCAGCAGAAAGUGUGCAGUUAGCAGGUGAUGAAGUACCUCUUUUGGAACUGACACUUGAGGAAAGUCUGGAUACCAUGAAUAUCCAAAUGUUACUGAAGGAAUCUGUAAAAGUUUCCUGCCUUAAUUGUGUAUACUGUAAUCAUGCUAAGAAAAUAGCUGUUAAUGGUAAACAGUUAGCAUUGCAUUUGUUAGCGGAACAUCGUUUUGCUCCGGUGGUUUGCUCUGAUAGCGGGGAACUUACAGAAGCUGAUGGUUUUGUAGAUAGAUUAAAAACUUCAUUAUCUGAAUUGCAGCAAAUGUUCUUUAACACAGACUCCUACGAUAAUAUGGACCAAACUUGUGUGCGCCCCCAUGAUAGGACAUAUGAAUGUUUCCACUGUCAUUUCUUGACAAACCUACAUAAAGAAUUGUAUGUGCAUAAUAGAAAGAUGCACCAGAAGACAAUUCUUUUAUGCAUUAUGUGUAAAUCCAAUUUCUACAGCUACAGUGAGCUGCUGUGUCAUUUAUGCCCUGGUAUCUAUGUACCAGAAAGUAAUAUAAGCUUUCGCUGCUGUCUGUGUACAGUUGAUGGUUUACCUUCUGCUUUUAGACUUAUGGUACAUUUGCGGAAGAGACAUCAUGCGUGUGAUGUGUGUCUGGAAACUACUGAAGAUCAACAGAAGCUGUCAAACCAUGUAUGGAAACACAAACUACAUCAUCUCUGUUAUCGCUGUGGAAUUGCAUAUCGAAACAAACCCGACAUUACAAAACACCUGUUCUGGAAGCACGGUACUGAGAGUGUUCUUUGCAAGAAAUGUUUACAGAAGAAAUGGCCUCAUGUCUACCAUUUCUGUAUACCACCCAAUUCUUUUGUAUGUGAAGAAUGCAACAGCAGCUUUUCACGAGCAGUGGCGUUGAAAGUUCAUAAGAGGCUCCAUGCUGGUGAUUUGCCUUAUCCAUGCAGUGAAUGUGAAGAACGUUUCAUAUCAAGGAAACUUUUAACCAAACACCAGGAGAAACAUCGUGAGCCUUCCUCACCAAAAAAUACAGUCGAAACAAAAUUACAAGAAAAUGGCUCUACAGGAGAAACUGAAAACCAAGAAGAUAAAACUAAGACAGAGAGUGAAUCUCAUCAAGGAGAGAUACUUGCCCAUGAAGAUGCAGUCAACAGGGGUAAUUCAAUAAAAGGAGAAGAAUCACAGGUGUGUGAUACUAAAACAAUGACGACAAUGUCAGAAGCAGAUGUAGCGAAUGCUGCUAUAGAAGUACCUGUUGCAGAAAACUUGGGUGAAGGAGCCAAAUAUGAAGAAAAAGAUGUGGGUGAGAAGAAAUCUAAAGUUGUAGAUGUCUAUGACCUUCCCCCCUUGAAUUUAUCAUCAGAAAGUGAUGAUUCUGAUGACGAUGGAGAAAGGAAAGAGACACAAUUAAAUGUUAAAACAAAUACAUCUGAAAUUGAUACAAAAUCUGUAGCUAUUAAUGAAAGCACAAACUUAAAUGGUGCAGAAAGAAUUUCUGAAACUUUGUCUCAGACGGAUGAAGAUGUUCAGCAACCAGUUGAAGUUGUAGAUGGAAUUUGGGAUAACUUCAAGACUUAUAAAGCAAACUUGGAACGACGAGAAAAUCAGCACACUGAAAUUGGUGAAAGUUCAAUGCAAAACACUGAAAAAGAAUUACAGUUUCAGUUACAUGAGAGGUCAGCUGCAGAAAUAAUUUCAGUGAUAUAUAUGGAUCAUGACUACUGUGGUCCCCCUGCUGGGACAAGUCAUUCAGUAGACAUAGAAGAGCAGUUACAAGAUAUGUUGGUGUCAGAAGCAGGUGUACAGCAUGUGAGUCUGCAACAAGAUGCUGGGAAAACAGAAGAACCAAAUGAAAAAUCAGGAGAAGAAAAGAAAGCUUGUGAUGCUGAUCAUAAUUACUGUUAUACUAAUGCAACAUCAUUUAAUAUUGAAAAUGGGAGAGAGAAAGAUGCUGCAGCUGUACCUGUUCAAGCUACCACUUCUCCAACCAAGAAGAAACAAAAGUCGCCCAAGAAGAAACGAAAACGUAGUGCUAGUUCAUCAUCUAGUGAUUCCAGCAGUAAUAGUGACUCAAGCACAUGUAGUUGUGGUACAAACUGCAGUUGUAGCAGUUCUAGUUCAAGCAGUUCAGGCUCUUCCUCUAGUCAGAGCUCAGAUUCAGAUAGUUCAGGUUCAGAAGGCAGACAGCGCCAGGCAGCCAGACGAGAAUGCAGGAGCGAGAGGGCCAAGAAGAGAAAAUUGGAGGAAGUUGAGAAUGCAACGCCUGCUAAAGCAGGUGCAACAGAGAUAGCAGCUAAUGGUCCCCCUGAACAGGAUGAGGUUCCAUCUCUGACCACUUUAGUUGAACCUGAGGACAUGGAAUUGCCUGUAAGAGAAUCAGAUUUAGACACAGAUGAAACAGAGACAGAUGAGGAUUUUUAUGAUAAACAUCCUCAGAGACUUGCUAACAAAUUACUCGCAGAAAAACGAAACCAGCUUCUUUUAUUGGCAGCAGUGGCUCCUGUUAACAAUGGCACAAUGUCACAGUCUGGUCAGUCACCACCAGCUAGUUCCAUUGAAGAACCUGUACCAAAGAAGAAAGUAAAAAUAAAGAAACAUAAAAAAUCACAGCAUCAGCAUAGUUCAGAGAAUAAAAUUGAAAGCAAAUUGAAACUCAACAUUCCCACAGACUAUUACAGCACUCAAUCACCCAUCUUUUCCAAAUCAACCCUGCCAACAUCUGCAAGCAAUUCUAUGAAUACUACAACCCUGGCCACACAUGCCCGACCCAUUCAAAAUCCCUUCCUUGUUAGUCAUCCUGAACCAUUGACACCCACUACAGCAUAUCAUAGCACAGGCAGUGGCUCAGAAACAGAUAGCAAACGCCUCUCCAAAAGAAAGCGAGUUCCCAAGAAAUUUUAUGGGGAUUCUAGUGAUGAUGAACCCGAUCACCCACCGGUUAAGUGGCGUAAGGUGAUGCCUGCUGUAAGCAACAGCCCGGUACCAGUAGUGCAGCCAUCAGCAGGAUGUAGCAGCGCUGUCUCCGCGCCUGAACGUAUUCAGUUUCCAACCAUUAAUGAGGAUAAGUCGGAGGAAGAGGCUGUGGAAGAUAGUGACAGUGACCGAGAGGACACAAAGAAAAGCAACAGUGAGUCGUCAAACAGUGAAAGUGAGGCUGAAAAAGAACAGGAGGAUGAUGAAGAUGAGGAAGACGAUGAUGAUGGUGAUGAUGACGAUGAUGAUGACGAUCUGUCUGAUGCAGAUAGUGAAGUUAAGUCGUCAUCAGCAGUACAAACAAAUUCAGUGUCAGCUGCAAGAGAAGGUGAUGCUGUGCAGCAAAAGAAUGAAAAUUUGUAUUGUUACUGCCAGUGUCCAUAUGAUGAAGUUUCAGAAAUGAUUGCAUGUGAUGGUAAAGACUGUACAAUUGAAUGGUUUCAUUUUGAAUGUGUAGGAAUAAUGGUGCCACCUAAGGGCAAGUGGUUUUGUCCUGACUGCAGAAAAAGGGCUGCAACAAGAAGCGAGUACCUGUUACAUGUGUGACAUGGGGUGGGUUUAUGUACACAGUAUUGAACACCCUAUUUAACCAUUGGUGUGUAUUAAUGUGUGAAGUUCUGGAAGCUUUGCUUCAUGUGUGUGUUGUUUCUUUGUUGCUUUUCUCCUCUUCAAAAGAAUUCUGUGUAAAUAGUGUAAAUAGGUAGGAUAAUAAUUUACUGUACUUGAAUUCACGCAACUUUUAAAAGAAUCCCUGGUGGAGUCUAAAAGUAAUUGUCAGCAGCUAAUGUUGAACACUGAAAUCAAUCUAGCAGAUGGUAAUUGGAAAUUUGUAAAUGUAAACAAAACAUUUCUUCACAAAGCAAUUGUGUGGAUGAUAGCGAGUUCCAAGUCAUUGUUUGUACAUUAUAUUAUUAUUACAAUAAAAUUAUUAUACAUUUGUCAUAUGCAAUGUCAGAAGUGUUUCGCAUUUAUCUGUGCAGUGGAAUUAUAUCACAUUACUACUGAAAUUGGAGACAGUAGUUUGAGAAUGUAGUAAUAUCACAGGUUUAGAAACAGGAUCUGAUGUUGAGUGUUGUCUCACAGUGGCCUCGUGUCUAAGAAACAGAUACAGCACAGCAAUGAGAUAUUAAAUAUGUAUUUACCAAAUACUAUGUAUAUAAUGUGUUCUUUCACUUUUACCUGUAUUUGAUGAAAUGCCAUGUGUUUUUUAGUAUACCAACAUUUUAGACUAUUUAUUUUUUAUAUGAAGUUGCCUACGUGGGAAAUAGUGCAACCGAAUAAUAAUAAUUGCUAGUAUUUCUGUUGUUUCAAGUGAUUUGACAUACUUAUGCAACAGUCAGAAAUCUUGAUUGGGCUGAUGAAUGCUGAAAGUAUGUGAUGCCAUUUAUACAUGUGCAUUAUAAAAUUCAGUAUCUGUUUCUCAUCAUGUCCUGAACAAUUUCUUAAUCUUCCAUUUUUGAGAGUUAUUAAUGUUUAUUAGUUGCAUGGAUUGUAUAUCUUAAUUCCGCAGAAACUGAUCUUAUAUUUAAUGUGGGAUGUAAAUACAUUUGUGGCUAAUUCUCAUAGACAUUAGGAAACUCACAGUUUUCUUCUGUAGAGUGACUUAAGGUUAUUCUUAAAAAUUUAUCUAUGAAGUCAGUGUACAUGAAUUCCUGGAAAGAAAAUAAAUAGCACAGAGGGUAAAAACAGUGGUUAUUGUUACAAGGAAGUCAAGAAUUAAUGCUAGGUUUAUUUAUGCUACUAUUUAAGUAACAGCCUCAGUGGAUGAGCAUUAUGGAAGUUUUUAUCUUAUUCACAGUAGUUUCAGUAUAUGAAUGUGAAUAGGGAGGUAAUGAGCAAAUUCUGCUGUGACAAAAUGGAUACCUUAUCAGCUCAUAAAAUUAGCAUUUUCCAUUUUCUACAGCGAAUAGUCAAUACAACAAACUGAAGUAAAAUAAAAUUUUGUGUAAGCCAUUGAAGUAAACCUCAUUAUGUGUAAGCUAGCAAUCCUGUAAUAAACACAAAAAUAUUCUCCUGUUUUUAAAUUGUCAAAAAGUUGAAGUAACUGUAAGAAAUAAGUUAAUUUGUUCACAAUUAUGAACAUUUAAUCACAAAAUUCUGAAUGUCAUGGAAUGAAAUAGAUAUGCAAUUCAUAUUGGUCUUCAGCCUACAUAACAAAUCUGGGUCAAGCGUAACUUCCGUUGUUAUGAAAUAGACCAAAGUUAGGUCAUCCUAUGACACAACCAGAUGUUUAUAGAAAAUUGCAAAUGUAUAAAAAGAUUCAAACAUUACAGUAAAUAAUUUUGACACAGUGUGAGAAAAUGUGAAUUUGCAAAGUAAGGCCAUGCCAAAAAAUGUUCAUAUUCACAUCCUGUGGAAGUAAAAAGCUGUGUUCAGAGCAGACAUUUUUAAAAUACUACUGGUAAUCAGUUUCUUCUGCUUUGCACUGAGUAUCUUUUUUUUUAGUUCAUAUUUUAAGCCCUUGUGAGACGUUCAGUUACUAACAUUUGGACAAAACUGUAGCGUACACAGUUAUUAAAUUUCGAGUACAAUUUCACAGUGGGUACAGGAUAAGUUUAGACUGUAAGAUAAUUUCCUGUAUUUAGAAAGACAAAAAUGGGUUAAAGUGACUGAUUCUUUUCUCUUAGAGUUCAACCAAGAAGUUUUUGUGAAAUUGCCUUGAUUGUUAUUAUAUAAGGAGUUCAAAGAAAGUAGUCAUGGUUUCGUUAUAUUCUGCAUUCAUUCACUGGGACUGACAGAAAAGCAGAGGAAAUGAAUGAAGACUGAGUUUCCUUAUUGAGAUUUCAACCAAUAACUGCCAGGAUACAAGUCAGAUGCAUUGUGUCUGAGUUAGUCUUCUCACUGAGUAUAAAUAUUACAUUUGUGCAAAUGCAUUGCCUGAAGAUGACUUGUGUUAACUUGCAUGAUACAUUUACACUCAGUUUGUUUUAAAGGUUUUCCGGAGUUCGUUGCGGUAACAUUUCACUGUACUUGGAGAAAAGCAAAAGGAUUUGUACUUGUAUAACAUAUUUCAAAAUUGAAGCCAUCUCUUUAUUAUUAUAGGUUAACUAAUUGCCAUGUCAUAUUAAAUAAUUAUAUUUAAAAAGCUCUGUUAAAGUAGAUUCACCAUUUGCAAUCCAGUGUGGAAAGCAGUAGUAAUGCUGUCCCAUACAGUUAUGGACAUGACUGCAUAACACAAUAAAUGAAAGUGAAUGUGAGGUUUACACUGUGUGACCUUAUAUGGUUAGGGGGAUAUUUUUUAUAAUAAAAUCUUAUCAGCUUAUCAUACUGCACAGGAAGUUGUUGAACAUACAAGAAUCUGAAAUGGCUGAGGCGCAUUACUUCUGCUCAUGGCUGGAAUUUUAUCUAUGGCAUGGAUAUCAUUGUUAUAUUAAUAUGUUCUUAAUAUCCCAUGUGGUUCACAUUCGGCCCAAUUAGUGAAUAAAAUUAUAAGGCUUGCAUCAACUCUGUAUUACGGGACGUACCCUUCGGUUGCAGUAUGAAUAUUUAUGAUUUGUUGUUGAUGGUUUACUUUCAAAAUAUUAAUGCGAGCUGAAGUGGUAGUACCUCGCCCAGGUAUGUUGCUGUAUAGUGCUCUGAAAAAUGCAUUAAAUAACAUCUAGGGGG